AAUAGUGGUAUCUUUUGAGCUCUCGAUUUCAUCGUUCUUACUUACAUCUAAUACUGCUAAUUUUACAGCUGGUCUAGUAAUUUCACCUUUAAUUGUUUUUACGAUAGCGGAUCUAACUUGCCCAUCCAUAUUAGUUGUUGUUCUUAUCACCUUGCCCUUAUGCCAUUUACCUUUCUUUUCUUCAUCGGCAAAAACCACAAUAUCCCCUACCUUUAUAGGGUUAGUCUUCUCCAACCAUUUAUUUCUUUUAGUUAAGGUUGGAAGGUAUUCUUUUAUCCACCGAUUCCAAUAUCCCUUAACAAUUGAUUGCGCUCUUUUCCAGUGUUGACGAGUUGCUUCUGCAUUGGAAACGUCAUCAAUCGUAACGACAGCUUCACCAGCGCAACCUAACAGAAAGUGAUUAGGGGUUAAGACCUCAUCGUCUUCUGUAUCUAAAGGAAUAUGCGUUAACGGGCGAUUGUUAAUGAGGAAUUCAACUUCGGUUAGUAUGGUUCUAAGUUCAUACUCUGGUAUGGUUUCUUGUUUAUGAGGUAAAAGGCUUUUAACUUCUCUCACCAUUCGUUCCCAUACUCCACCAAAAUGCGGUGAAGCGGGAGGACUAAAAUGCCAUUUGACCCCGUCGUCUGAUAGCCUUCUAAGAAUUUUCUCAAAUUCGUUUCUUGCUCCAAUGAAAUUAGUUCCAUUGUCGCUGAACAACUCUUGCACUUUACCUCUACGAUAUUGUAGAUUUCGGAAACAUAUAAUAAAGGAAUCUGAGCUCAUAUCUUGUGCUAAUUCGAGAUGUACUGCUCUUGUUGUCAGACAAGUAAACAAACAUCCCCAACGUUUUUCAGUGCGUCUUCCAAUAGACACGCCAUAAGGGCCGAAAUAGGGCGCUUGCAGCGUGCAUAUGUAUUAGUAGUCUGUUGGGCAGGCAAAAGUGACAGCUGCAUAUGAUUAACAUGGAUCGACAAGACGUAAAAGCCAGAUACGCAGAAAAAAUUAAAAAAUUCUGUUUUGGUUACGACCCGUAUCAAUGGAUGCAGCAUGAAUAUUCAAAAAGUGCCUUACCAAAAAAUGUGACUUAUUACGACCUAGUGGAAUAUCUUGUAAAUCGCGAAAGUCCGUAUACCCGGAAAUGCUUUAAGGCCUUCAAGAGCUUGGACGCAUACAAAAAUUUCAAGGCGGGAUGGGUACAAUUUUUAGGUUCCAGAUACGUCGAUUCUGGUUUUUGUAUUGUGUUUGCUCAGGUGAAGCAUUCCCAAAAAUUUAACCUAAAGCCUACAUCUACCUGGGUGUCGGUAGAUCCCACAGGAACAGUUCAAACUGCACAUUGCAAUUGUAUGGCAGGAUUAGGUGAAGUGUGUUCUCAUGUAGGCUCUGUGCUUUUUGCUCUCGAGUGCUGGUCCCGUAAAGAAGUAAAUGAAAAUGAACCUUCGUGUACAGAUAUACUUAAUCGGUGGUUGGUUCCACCGAAAAAAGCGGUUAAUUGUGGCGAAAUUAAAGACAUAUUCAGCCAGAAAGAUCAACCAGUUUCCAGAUAUGAUUUCCAGAUACCCGAAUGCCCUGCGAAAGAGUUGAAUGUAUUUAUACGUAAAUUGAUCGAUAACGGAGAAAAUCCAUCAGUUGGCCAAUUUAUGGAAAAUACAAGAAAGCAUUCGAAUGUGAACUCGAGCCUUUGUGACAUUGAUCUUUAUCCGAAUAUGUUAAAAAUCCUUUUCUGCCAAUUUUUUGAUCCAAAUUUAAGAGGAAAGUCGCUCAACGAGCUUCGCGAAAUAGGGAAUAUUGAGAAAAAACCAUUUUUCGGAGCAUCACCGGAUGCAAUCGCCGUUUGUGAUUGUUGUGGAGAGGUUUCUGUGGAAAUCAAGUGCCCUCAUUGCCUGCGAGACGGUAAAACAAUAAAAGAAUAUGUGACUAGGCCAGAUAGUCCUAUUCAAAUUACGGAAACAGGAUAUAAAAUGAACCACAAUCAUCAGUACUUCUAUCAAGUGCAAAUGCAGAUGUAUAUACUUAAUGUUAAGUUUUGCGACUUUGUUGUUUGGACAAACAAGGAAUUGGUCAUACUGCGAGUGGACCGAGACGACACAUUUUUGAAGAAAGAGUUGAUAAAAGCCGAAAGUUUCUUCAGAUUGGUUAUUAUGCCUGAACUUUUAGGCCAAUACUAUACAGGAGGGUAUUUUAAAGAUAGAUUGUGA